AAUUUUAACGUUCGGUCCACUGUGCGUUCAAAAAAACAUCGCAUGAAUAUCCAAAACAAAACAGAAAAGAUUAAAAACAAGCAAAACGACUUUUCCUUUCGGGCUCAUUCACGGAAGUUUUAGUUGAUUCGGCGGUCCGUAUUCCGUCCGCAUUCUCAGAUGGACCAACGAGUGAUAUUCAAAGUGACCAUUCCUCCGGAGGAAAUACUCGCGACACGGUUGCUCAUCUGCCAAGUGAACGGUUGCACCGAACGGUUCUCCAAUGCGUCCCAUCUCCAGAUGCACCUGGCCAGGCAUCAUCGGCUGACGGUCCCAUCAGUACCGAUCGGCAUCGGCGACGACGAUCACGAGCACGUGAGGCAUUUCCACUGUCCGGUGGAGUCCUGUGUUUACCACCUCGGUGCCAGCGGGGAGAAAUUCUUCAGCUCGUUUCGGUACCUGAAGCAGCAUUUUCUGAAAGUUCACUCGGUGAAGAAUUUUGUCUGCCACGUUUGCGAAGGCCAGAAAUCGUUCGCGACCGAGGCACUUUUGCGGGCACACCAGGCGAACUGUGGCCAAUCAUUCAUUUGCAAGGUUUGCGGUUUCGGCUACGGAAGUCGAGAGGCUCUGCUGACCCAUGCCAAAAGAAAGAAUCACAAUUAUGAGGAAGUUCUCGCCAGUAAGGCGAGUAAACGAAAGUCGAAGUCAAAUUCAAAUGACGUAGCUGUGAAGGUGGUUAGAGAACAGAACUCAAAAUCAAUUCAAAUUCAAACCGAAAGGCUUGAACCAGAGGAUACGAGUAAAACGAUCAGAAAAUCUCAAACAACCCAAACAGAUAGUCUCGCCCUGGAACACACUGAAAAGACUGAGUGUUCCACGCAGACUGCGCACUCUAGUCAGGGCUCAUUGGAGUUCACCAGCACUUCAACGAUGGACAGCUACUGCCAGACAAAUCUGGAACAGUUCAACUAUUUCGAAGAUAACAGUCUUACUUGCUUCGGCAAUGCGUCCAAUCCUCCACUACCAUCGGAAUCGGUCACAUGCGUCUGCACUGAGACGCAAACCGAUCAGAUCUACGACGAAAUGUUCCCCAACGAGGACCGGUCGGAUCCGAUGCUGUACUCGCACAUGUACACCCAAACCUGUGGGGAUAUCUUUUCCGACCUGGCUCUGGCCACGAUCGAGACCCAAACCAACUGGGACGAUGGGGGAGGAUUGGGGGAGUUCCUGGUUUCGACUGAAACGCAAACCAAUCUAAAUCAUAGUGGCCAGGGGUCCGGCUCCGGAUCCGGAAACACCACCAGUGCCGACCAGAGGAUUUCCUCCAUUCAGACGCAAACCUCGGCCCGCAGCAUGGAGUUCCUGAAUGCCAUCAGCUCGGAGAGCAACUCGAUCCAUACGCAAACUUCCUGAUAUUGUACCGACGAGGACGACUACCGGGUGGAUUUCUAUGGCGGGCUAAACUGACCGUAGGACGUGAUAUAAGGUGAGUGUUUUAAUCUUUCUGUGUUACUUGAAUAUUCUAAUCCAAAAAAAAGCGAAUUUGAUAGUUUAUGGUGGUACCGAU